AUGGGGAUGUGUUCAAGACAAGAGAGGAUUCAGAAGGAUAUUGACGUUGUGAUCCAAAAGUGCAAGGCGGAGAAGGACUGCCUGUUUGCAGAUUUCAGGUACUCAGACUCCACCUUUACCUUCACCUAUAUUGGAGGCUCCAAAAGUGUGUCCUAUUCAGUGCAUGUCUCUGAGGACUACCCAGAUAACACUUACGUUUCCAGUUCUGAUAACGAUGAAGAUGUGUUAGUUACAACAGAGCCAAUUCCAGUAAUUUUCCACCAAAUUGCUACAGAAUUAAGAAAAACCAGUGAUGUCAACUAUUGCUUAUCCAUAAAGUCAAAAUUACAGAGGGAAAAUGGAGAGGAGUCACGGCACAACAGCACAGUUGAAGAAGACUCUGAAGGAGAUAAUGAUUCUGAGGAAUUUUAUUAUGGAGGACAGGUUAGCUAUGAUGGAGAACUUCACAAGCACCCACAGCUGGAGGCUGAUUUAACAGCAGUGAGAGAGAUCUAUGGACCUAAUGCAGUAUCUCUCAGGGAAUAUGGAGCCAUUGAUGAUGUAGAUAUUGAUCUACAUAUUGAUGUUAGCUUUCUUGAUGAGGAGAUUGCUGUGGCUUGGGAUGUAAUUCGCACAGAGCCAAUAAUAGUGCGACUGCACUGUUCACUCACACAGUACCUAAAUGGUCCAGUGCCAACUGUGGAUGUAUUUCAGAUCUCUACUAAGGAAAGAUUUGGGCUGGGACAUCAGCUGAAAAAAAUCAUGCAGACAUUUGUUACACAACAGUGGAAGAACAGUAAAGAGAAAUCUAAUUGUACGCACAAUAAGAAGGUGUCUGACAAAAAGGUGAAAUCCCCUCUGCACAUCUUUUCUACAUUGCGCAGGCACAGAAUUUCAAAGAAAAAAGGCAUUAAAAAGCAUAAGAAAAAGCUUAUGAAUAGUUCAGUUGCAUUUAAUAUGAUUUCUGCCAGUUGCUCAUACUCGUCGCCAAGUUAUCCUCCACCUGGCUGUGGUAAAAAUAAAUCGAAACUGAAGUCAGAACAGGAUGGCAUCUCCAAGACUCACAAACUAUUGAGAAGGACUUGUUCUAGCACAGUGAAGGCGGAGGAUGUGUGUGCCACAAAAUCUCACAGAACCUUUGGCCGCUCGUUGUCGAGUGACCCGAGGGCUGAACAGACAAUGGCUAUUAGAUCGCACAAACUGCUGAGUCGUGCUUGCUCUGCAGCAGCCAAGCAGGAGGAGUGCAUCACUUUAAAGCCCCAUAAGGUGUUAAAUAGGUCGUGCUCUGGGGAUCCUCGAUGUGAGCACAACAGCACCUUGAAGCCCCACAAACUUUUAAGCAGAUCCUACUCCAGUAACCUUAGAAUGGAAGAAUUGGAUGGAUUGAAGAAUCAUAAGUUGCUCAGCAAGACUUACUCCAAUGCCCCUAAAUCAUCCAAAAUGGAGCCUUUCAAGGAGUCCACCAUGGCAGAGAGCAGGAGGCUCUCUCUUACCUCAGGGCUUAUUGGUAUCUUAACACCAUCUUCAUCAACACCUUCACAAGCUGCUCAAAAUUAUGGUGCAAAAUGCAUUCCGGUGCGAGACCGUGGCUUCCUUGUGCAGACUAUUGAAUUUGCUGAGCAGCGGAUACCAGUGCUGAAUGAAUACUGUGUAGUUUGUGAUGAACCUCAUGUGUUCCAGAAUGGCCCUAUGCUGAGGCCCACUGUUUGUGAACGGGAGCUCUGUGUAUUUGCUUUUCAAACAUUAGGAGUGAUGAACGAAGCUGCAGAUGAAAUUGCAACUGGGGCACAGGUGGUUGAUCUGUUAGUAUCCAUGUGUCGGUCUGCAUUAGAGUCACCUAGGAAAGUUGUCAUUUUUGAGCCAUAUCCUUCUGUAGUUGAUCCUAAUGAUCCUCAGAUGCUGGCCUUUAACCCCAGAAAGAAGAACUAUGACCGAGUCAUGAAAGCAUUGGACAGUAUCACUUCCAUCAGAGAGAUGACACAGGCACCCUACUUGGAAAUAAAGAAGCAGAUGGAUAAACAAGACCCUCUUGCACAUCCUCUUCUACAAUGGGUUAUUUCUAGUAAUAGAUCACAUAUUGUGAAGCUACCAGUGAAUAGGCAACUGAAGUUUAUGCACACUCCCCACCAGUUCCUUCUUCUCAGCAGUCCACCAGCCAAAGAAUCCAAUUUCCGAGCUGCUAAAAAUCUCUACGGGAGUACCUUUGCAUUUCAUGGUUCACACAUUGAAAAUUGGCAUUCCAUCCUGAGGAACGGCUUAGUUGUUGCUUCCAAUACGAGGCUGCAGCUCCAUGGUGCAAUGUUUGGAAGUGGAAUCUACCUUAGUCCAUUGUCAAGCAUAUCAUUUGGUUACUCAGGGAUGAACAAGAAGCAGCAGAAGGUGUCAGCUAAAGAUGAACCAGCUUCAGGCAGUAAGGGCAGUAAUACAUCACAGUCACAGAAGAAAGGACAGCAGUCACAAUUCUUGCAAAGCCGUAACUUAAAAUGCAUAGCCUUAUGUGAAGUGAUAACCUCACCUGAUCUGCACAAACAUGGGGAGAUAUGGGUAGUUCCCAACACGGAUCACGUGUGUACAAGAUUUUUCUUUGUUUAUGAAGAUGGUCAAGUGGGUGAUACAAGUAUAAAUACACAGGAACCAAACAUUCAUAAAGAGAUUCUUCGAGUCAUUGGCAAUCAAACUGCUACUGGUUAAAAGGACCACUCUUAUUUAAUUGAUGUGAAGCCUUCCUCAGUCUCAAAGCUGGAUUUUGAACUGAAGAAGAUGCAAAAAACUAAUUUAUUAUUAUACUAGCAAAUUAACCAUUUGAAUACUUACUGUUUUCUUACUUAGUAUUUCGUAUCUCAUCAAAAUACCUGAGAUGGUAUCAAUUAGCAACUGUAGGGGUGCAAAGUCUAUUAUUAUACUAAAACAGUUAAUAAUUAAACAGGCAUUUGGGUUGCUCACAAUAAACAGACAUUAAAAAGGACUUUUGUGCUGAUAUUUUUAUACUAAACUUCAAUUGGAAGUUUUAGUACUGUAUACUGGUAUUUUAAAUUUAGAAUGACUGAAUUACAAGUAAGAGAGAAGAUUUUAUAGCGGAGCACCUGUGUUAUGCAGGAUACUUUGCAAUAAGUAAAAUAUUCUCGUAUUAAAACACAAUAAAAUACUGUCUGGAACAUGUAAAAUUGAAGAGAUUGGUUACCUGCAGCUAUCUUUGAUUCUUUUUAUUUUACACAAAUGCAGCUAGCAUUUAGACUCAAAGGUGAAAAUGACAAUGCAUUUUUUAUUUACUGGUUGAAAAAAAGCAAAAUGAAUGUGAUGGUGUAUGUUCAGCUUUCUUUAUCUUCUCUGGAAACACUGUCUUACCCAUUAAGGAGCUCAGUUGCAUUUUUAAAUUGUACAAGCCUAGGAAACACCCUGGCAAUCCUGAAGCUGUUAAUUUCCUUUUUAGAAUUUUGGUUUUUAUAUAUUAGAUUUUACAAUUUCAUUAAAUCAACAAAGUUUUUUAAUGUUUGCAUCUUAACUUCAGUGAAACUGCUCUGUGAUUAAAUUUAUUCACAUUUUAAAGUAUGUGCUGAGUUAAGGCAUUUACAUGGCUGAGUUGGUUGUUGAUGCAUCAGAAAAUAUAUACAAAUGCAAAAUUCUGAUUUUGUCUUGGUGAAAUAGUUUUAUUAAUUAAUUUCUAAGCGAUAAGAAAUCAAUUUAAAUAUCUCUGUCUUCUAAAUUUACAACUGUUUUUUCCAAGUGAGUAGGACGGCAACACAGAUAGAGAAGGGUCCAGUCUCCAAGGCAUAAAGAAUACCCUGUGCCCUGAUGAAUGCCCUUGGCAGCCCUCAUGGUAGCUGUCCUGAAGCAUCAAUCACACCCUUGAAUAUGGAGAGCAGUUCAACUUACCCAUCUGUGCAACUACUACAAGCCACCUCAGAAAGCAAAAAUAGAUUGAAGCCUCUCUUAUGUUACUUUCAUAAUAAAGAUACUAAAGCACCAAAUAAUAGCACAACAGAGCACAGGUGUGUUUGUUUCUUUCAAACAGAACUGAAGCAGAUACGCUGUAAUGGGUGAUUCCUUCUUUCUAGUUCAAGCUACACUCCUAUAUUACUUGCUGCAACUGAAGUGCCCUACAAAUAAAAUAGUCGUAUUUGGCCUAGGAGCAUAUAUCUGGGGAUGUAUUUUAGCAUUCUAGACUUAUUUGCUGGAGACUUUAGUUUUUCUGGGUUCAUAUCCAGACUUGUAAAGCCAAUUCUGUUUGAUUAUCCCCAUUUUGCUAUUAGUUCUGUUGUUCUGUUGACUUGCACCUUCAUUUGGUGGACCUCUAAAUUGAGAAUCACUACUCUGAAUUUGUUGUAUUUUGUGUUGUCUGUCUACGUAAGGACUGCCUUAGGUUGUGUGACUGCAAAAAGUCAACAUAAUUCAGAAGUGGAGCUGAGACCCUGGCAUGACUAUUUCCAUAUAAUGGUCCUGCCAUAUGUGUCUGAAUCACUGUGUUUUUGCCUAACAAAAGGAAACUGAGAAGCAAGUCCACAAAGAUGUUCUAUGAUUACUUUCUGGGCUGAUAGUCCACCACUCUGGGAUGCCUCUUCCAAAAAGCUAGGAGAAAAGAGAGAUGACAUGAGUGAGCUGGAGAAGCCAAGUAAACAGUCAUCUUCCCCGUCCCUUCAAGCUACAGCAGGGGCGCAAAUUAAACUUUUGAAGGAAGGAAUCUGAAAUGUAGCUGAUGAGUCGACCUGUGUUUGCAUUGUGGGGUUGUGAUACUGGUCAUGCAUGGUGCCAUCAUAAGUACAGUCCCAGGAAGGGGAAGGAAAAAAUACAUAACUGCCAAAUUUUAAGACUGCUCAGAGGUUUUUUUUAAAUGGAUGAGCCACAGUGAGGGACAGUGUGGGGGAAUGCAGGGCUCCAAGUUGUAUGGAGGCCUUGCUAUUACAAGGUGCCUGUCUCAGGGAGUGCUGAGAUGACUGAUUUAAUGGGGGAGAAGGAUAGUGGUCAAAAGUAAAAGGUAGAAUGUGACAAGUACGAGGGUUAUGAACCAGUGAAAGAGGGCAAAACGUUUCAGGAAGAAAGGUAGUUCAGAGGGGGCCACAUGGCAUUAGCAGCUCAGGUCCCACGUGGUGCAUGGCAGGAAAAGGGACUGGCCAGAACCAAGCUGCAGCAUGGGGAUACACAGCCCGUGGCAUUGUGGGGCAGCACCAUGCCCAGGGCAACUGGGCCACCUGAAAUGUGUCAUUCUCUAGGGUACAGUGCAAAGACACAAGCCCAGUGUCACGCAUAAACAGCAGCUGAACUAGAACAAAAUUGUCUGACCAGAAACUCGGUCACUUUCUUUAGCCAGUAUAUUAAUGAGAAACUUCUAUAGCUUUGUGUUAUUUGCAGGUGAAUGUGAAUCUUCAGAAUAUUUAACAAAGUAUUCUCAUUAUUUUUAAAAGGUAUGGGGAAGGAGGGAUGUUCAUUUGGCAUCUGUUACUCAAAAAUAAAUAAUCCUUAUAUAGCAAACUUAAAAGCUGAAACAAAGACUUUUAUCACCAAGAGCUGGAAUGAAAAAGCCUGAGGAUGAGAUUUUCUUUGAAGGAUUUGUCCUGCGGGGUUUUAUGCAAAGGUGGAAGUUGCAUGUUGCCAAGUGCUUCCAAAUGACGUACAUUGACAUGGAUUCCAGGGGAUGAAAAAUAAAAACCGGGGUGAUUUGGGCAAGACCCUGUGUUUUGCCCAAAGCCCUUGCAUUUCCCUUCCUGUUACCAUGCACGCAUAUGGGUGAUAGAGCAAUCAUUGUAACUCCUGCUGUAAAGAUGCAGGCUUUCCACAGAUGGCUUUUAAUCAAAGGAAGAAGAGCCCUGGGCUCUGCCAUCUCUCUUGGUAGAAAUUUCCAUGAAGUCCUUGCUUUUGCCAUACCCAGUAUGCAGCAACCAAGGGAGUUCUUGGUAAAUAACUUUCUAACUUCUUGCUGCACCCUGCAACAAAAUGCAGGCCCUCCUCAUGGUGAAAAGUUGUGACAGAAAAAUUAGGUUAGUCCUUUAAUGUUGCACCCUAAUUAUGAAUUUCCAUAUUUCUGCUGAGUAUCUUAAACAUUGAGAAAGGAAUUCAGAACGACGCUUUUAAAUCUUUAUUGAGAUUCAGGCAAGUAUUUAGCAUUCAAGGGCUAAAUGAAGCAAUUUGAGGUACCUUUUUCUAUGAUAUGAAUCAAUAUGGCCCUGUUUUCUUCAAGAGUGGUCCACUGUUUUGAUAACCUGAAUCUUUGGCUUGCUAUUACUUACCAUAAAGUGGCCAGGUUGUGUAAUAUUUUGGUUAAUGUUUUACAGGAACUAGUCAAUGACACUGGAAUUUUAUAGGCUUAAAUUUUUCCUCUACAGCCCUUGAAAAACUCUUAAUGAUGCUGAAUGAUUUUAACAUAAUAGCUGUUGGUACUAAAAAUGUGUCUGAUGAAUUAUGCUAAGAUUAUACAUUUGUUAAUACAAAUAUGAAGUCACUCGAAAUGAGGACUUUGUGCAAAGAUCAGUUAUACUUUGCUUAUAAAUCACUUACGACUGUGGAAACAAUUAGCAUAAUUCCAACAAGGAUGAAUACAAAGUAGUAAAAAAAAAAAAGCUGAAAAGGGACAACUGAAUUAAGAGAUUCCUGGUUUGAAAGGAAACAUUAAAAAAACCCUAAACCCUAAGCAAAUGCAAAAGUAAUAUCUAGUUAAUCAAGAAUUAUAUUGAUUUAGAUAGAUUUUUCUCUUGGCUUUGGGGAAUGAAAGUGAGAUACAAAGAAUAUGAGCCAUGACUCACCACGUGCAGCCUCUGCUGGCAGCGCUGCUGCAGCUGGAAUGGCCCUGGCCACCCAUUCUCUUCUCUCCUGUGGCACACAGCAUCCUGUGGUGUUUUAUUUGCAAAAUUGAGGUGUUAAUGUGUCUGUGCAAUUUCUUCAUUAUGAACACCACCUCGAGGUGAGGGAUGAGCCGGUUGACUAAACUGAGCAAGCUCUGCUGUUCAUAGAGCAGCAGAUUCUGCUGCUGAUUAUGAUUCUGUGAAGCACUGGAAGUUUUUCAGGAAGGAUCUUGAAUCCAGUCAGAAGAAUUUAUUCCUUAAAUAAAUUCCACUCAGGAGCGGAGGGACAUGUGCUUCAGAAGGGGAUAAAUAAAAGGGGAUAAAUAAAAGGGGAUAAAUAAAAAUGGGAACAUUUGCUCCAAGCAGAGCGUCAUUCUGUGUGCACCGUGUUGUGUGAACUGCACAAGGAUGUCGCCAGGAGUUUGAAUUUCCCGAUCUGUGUUUGGAAACUGGUCUGAAAGCACUGACCUCCUCUGUCUGUCCUGGCAUGUCAGUGUUGUACUCCUGCUCACUGGCUGCAGCAGCAGCCACUGACAAGAGCUGAGGGAAUAAGACAGCUUGAACUGCUGUUCCAUAGCAUUUUGAUUGCAUGCUCCUGCUAAGUUUCAGUCUGCCACAGAACAGCUACGAUGUAAAUUACUACCCAUUACACUUUGCAUUGGGUUUUUGUAUAUGUAAUAGGCAUAAGGCUUUUGUAAAGGGAAAAAAAAAUAGUUUUUAGAUGAACAUAUCUACUGUGUUGAAAACCUGUUGAAAAGACUGCAUUAAACAUUUAUCAAAAAGUCAGUAAAAAUAGUCCUUAUACAUAGACAUUUAAUUUCAUGUUCUAAAAAUAAUUUUUGAACUUACCCAGUAUAUAUUGUGUCUUUGAAUUUUAACAAACAGCCACUCCUUUAUGUAAACAUAAAAUAUGCCAAUGUUUCUUUUAACUCCUCAGCCUUUUUUUCUCCAAAUAAAUUUAUUAAAUUCUGUGCACAAAAUCAUACUGCAGCCUGCUAUUUAGCCUAUGGUGCCUUAGAGUUACUCAAAUAUUUAACAAAAUGGAGAUAAUGUAAAUACUGCCAGAAGAUCACUAAGGCCAAAUAUUUUCUCUAUUCACUUUUUACUGCACUUGCUUUCUAUUGCUAUUUAAGCCUCUUUUAUUCAGCUUUGUAACAGCUAUAGCAUUGUAGCCAAUGUAAAUGUUUACCUUCAAUAAAUCAGAAUUUGUUCAACAAGCACUGGGCAUUUGGGCACUAUUUUGAGAACUCUGUUAAUACAGCCAUCUAAGAAUUAAACUGCUUCUGAAGCAGUUCCUUGAAUUUUGCUAAUCUCAAUGACAUCUAAAAGUUAUGCCAUGCUUUUACACAUGUUCUUGAAGUAAAAUUUUUUUGCAGUUAUCUUUUUAAAAACACUUAGAUGAACAAUAAAAACAGCUUUUCUUGCUGUGUUUAUCUGACUGGGUUACCCAACUAUCAUAAAAGCAUUAUUUUGCAUGUACAGUAUCAUAAAAUGUGUAAGGAUGUCUCAAGAUGCUUUUUAUAAUUGCUUUUAAAGAAGUCCUCUGUUUUUCUGUAUAGCUGUUUUUGUCAUGAAAACACAGCAAAUAUAUGACAAACCAUGUCAUACUUUAAUGCGGCUGUGUUUAAAGUAUAAAUACACAUCUGCAACUCAUAAAAUAUGCAGACAUUUGUGGGACUGGUUAUUAAUUCAGUGAGUGUACUGUUUUUUUCACUGCCUGUGAGGUCAUUUUAAUUAUAUGGGUGAAUGUAGCUUGCAACUUUUCAAAGUUUUACCUUUUAUUUGUUAAAUUUAUUGAUUUGUGAUUGCAGAUUUUGGGUUGAAAGAGUCAAAGUGGUACUUAAUAUUAUUUUGACUGCUGUGAAGUGUAUUACACAAAUAUGACUAUCAGAGAGACAAAAAGAUACGUUACUGCUACUCUAAAUGAUUGAUAAUUUGCCUUCAAUUUAAGUGUACAGGCUGGGGCUUGAAUUCUCUAAUGGAAGAGAUAUUCCAAAUUUUGGGGAUCUUAAAUUUGGAAGCAGUGACUUCCAAACUCACAAAAGAAGAGCUGAAUCAGUGGGGAAAUCCCAGACCUCUGUAGAAUUAGUACCCAAAGAGAGCAGGAGGGACAGAAUUUGUAUUUGCUUUGGCUUAAUUUACUUCAUUUCCAAGUGGCUACAUCCCAAGUUCACUCAAUGUGCACUAAUAUUAAGUUUUCUGUUGAGAAUGUCUUUGGUAUAUUGUAUUCACCUGUUGAACAGUGCCAUGUGGGACCCAAGAGAUUAGUAAUCCAGACAGUAAUUGACAGCAGUAAAAAAAUUACUGCAAUGGACAAGAGCUACUUUCAAAUGCACACACUGCAUUUUUAACAGGAGGAAGAGCAGAAAAUCUUCUAAGAAAAUACCACCAUGGCAAAAAGUACAUACUGUUUUCAUUAAGUCACGUUUGCACAUUUGACCAGCUUUUUUUGGAAUUAGUGUGCAAUGCAGAUUGGAGCAAAUAAUUUUGCACAAGGGUCACAGACUUGGUCCCCUCUAAGAGGGAUUUGUCCUCCUGAAAUGUUGUGGAGCAACUUAAAUAGAGCUGCAUUGAAUGAAGCCAGUAGUAGCUGAGGGCCACAACUUUGCUAUGCCCCAGCUCUCAGCACAGUGCAAACACUUUAAGAGAAGAAAACUUAGGGAAUGAAACAAAGGGCUCAGUGCCUUGCAAAAGCCUAGUGUCAAAACAGGUGAAACAGGAACAGGAUUUGGAAAAAAAAUUAAAUUGGCAUUUUUAUUAGAAAACAUUGUAGGUCCCUCAGAUUGAUUUUCUUAAAUGUUGCAAAUAUUUUCCAUUCACAGUUAAGGGAGAGAAGUGUAAUUCAACACACAGAAACUGAAACCUCUGAACAGGGCAUAAGACCCUUUUAGCAUCAGCACUGUUUGUAGCAAACCCAUGUGCAAGGCGUCAGCUAUUGGAUUCCAGCCAGUUCCAGAAAACUGGCAUUUUUUUGCAAGAUGCUGAAGCUGUGGGAAUUAUACUAGCAGCAGGAACAGUGACUGCAGAAGCAAGAGCAGCACAAGUCUCCAGGGAUCGUGUCUGGAAAAAAAUACAGGAACUCCUGGCUUAUGGUUUGCUCAACAAAAGCCAGAGCUUAUCAUCAGCAAAGCAAUUCUAAUUUGUAACUUAGAAAGCUUUCCAUUGUUUGGGAGAAAUGAGAAGAAAAAAAAAUAACUAGUUCUCUUCAACCUGCUGUCCUGUAGCUGGUAGUUCAGUCUAGUAGCAUGUCUGGGGCAGUGUUCCACUGUACUUGCAUGUAGCAGUUUACUUACAGCAGUAGUUAGCAACUUUCCUACAGAUCUCAGGCAGAAUGAGGAACGUCUCAGCUGACAGUUCCUUGGAGCUGGUCUUCUAUUUCAUAUACGUAUUCCAAUGGAGUCUGUACAGGUAAAAUAUUCCAGAAAGGGAAUAGGUGGCUGAUACUUUCCUUGCUGGUUUUCAAGUAUGAUCAGACUGUUCUCCCCAUGUGAGCUGCUAAACAAAAAAUUUUGCUGACUGUUUAAAAAAAACCUUCAUCUCUCCUGAUCCUUCCAUCUCUCCUAGUCAAAUAGCUUGGAGUUCGGGUGUAUUUCUGUUCAGAACCAUCUACCAAGGUUAAUUCAGUAUGAAGAAGUUCAAAGAUGAGAGGAGUCAGAGGCUAAACUGAUUGAAAUAGGUAUAAGUGCAAUUUGAGUGCAUAUAGAUGAAAAUAUGUAAGUAUAUAUUUAAAAUUUUGCAUAUAUUUAUAGGAACAUAAGUUGAAACAGAACUUUUGACUCAAAACUAAGGAUCAUGAUAUCACUGUUUAUAACACUUCUGACAAAUGCAAUGUAUUACAGACUGCUCUAAUGUGAUAGGUUUUGGUAGAUCUGACUUACUGACUUUUCGUCAAUGGCAUAAGAGGGUUUUAAAUUUUUGCCUAUGGAGAAUUCAGUCACGCCUCCUCUGUAUGUGUUAUCACAUAGCUGGCAUGUUGUGCUUCAUGUGAUAUUCCAUGUGUGUGAAACUGUAUUAUUCCACUCUGUCUUUUAAUUAUCUUACGCAAACUUUGGUUUCAUGCUUGCCGUGCUAAUCAGUAGGACACGAAUACCAAAAAUCUCAAGAUCUUUUAGCACCCAUCUCACUUCAGAUUCCUUCAGAUACUUUAUGCUUUGAAGAACUUAGCAUCUUUUUUUGAGCUGCAUCUCUCAACAGUACCAAUAACAUUUGGUCCAUUUUAUGCCGUGAUUACAAAGGUCUUUGGGAGGUUGCUAAACAACUUGAUAAACCUGAGAGGUGCCACUUCUGUCUCUCUGAGUGUUGAUUUAUCCUUUUUAUCAAGAUAUAUUUUUUUUUAAGUUUCCAGUGGUCUCUUCCACCACCAAAAAGUUACAAAAAAAUUAAGGACUUGUUGGGGAGAUGAUAAUUUUGCUGUUUGUUAUGUUGUUCAAUGACUUCAUUUUCUGUAUAUCUGUGCUAAUGUGACCUGAAUUUCUGAUCCAUUGCAAAUCUCUUUCCUAUUACUGCUCACAGAGCUAGCCUUUAGAAGAGCAUCAGAUAUGAGCAUUAAAAUACAAUACUGAGUAUAUUUCAGUUAAAAUGCAGCAGUGUGAAGCCAUGAAUAGUAAAAAAAAAGUAUUGAAAUUAUAGUCCCAAUAUGAAAAGCAUGUGUACAAACUAUUAACUUGUACAUGAGAACAAAAAUGUGUGGCCAAAUAGGUAUGCCAAAAAGGAUGCUGUUAAAAGCUAAAGAGUUUUAUAAACACAAUUUCCUGUCAUAAUUUUCUUUCAUCUAAGCGAAUUUGGCAGUGUAAGUUCAAAAUACUCCCUACCUGUAGUUCUGGCUCUGUCUUUAAACAGGGUUCAGAUUGAAUUGCUGGUCUUUCCUUCACAGAUUCUUCUUUUCCUGUGUUGUUAUGAGGAAAGUUUACUGGAUUCUUAAUUACUUUGAAGAGUGUUAUUGAUCUCCUAAAUUAAUCUGUUUGUACAAUUUCCGUAGAUUGGUUUGAAAUGUUUUUUUCAUCAAUAAGCUACCAUAGGCAUUUGCUUCCUUUCCAUGGAGAUUUUUUAUGUUUGUAAACCUCAAGUCUUGAGUUUUUUUACUUGAACAAAUCAUUUCUUAAGGGGAUUGAAAGACUUGAUGGUGUGUGUGCAUGAGAUUUAUUAUGAAAAUUUUUACUUUUGUCUUUGUAAAUUGUGUCUCAGUGGCCUGGGCAGCAGAUGCUUUGGUGUAGUGCAACAAUUUAUGAAUUGGUCCCAAUGAGGACUGAUUUUGAUUUUGGCUUUUAGGGUAUCAUUGACCCAUUGGAUAAAGCUAAAAAUUCUGACAAUUCUGAUCAAAUUCUGUUGUCUGUAAAUUAUGUUACCUUGUGUAAACUGUUCCUUUACAUUAUCUGGUCUGUGAAUCUCUAUUCAUAUAUAUUCCUGCCAACUCUACUAUGCAUGAAUGCAAAGAAAGAAACAAAGGUACAAUAAAGACGUGGUUCAUGGUC